CCCUUUCACACCUUUUUAAACCAAACUCACAGAGGACCAUGAGUAAUGAUUACGGAACUUCCGCUCUUUGGUAUAGACGACCCGUGCCGCUGUGUUUGGUCAGGCUUUACCGUUGGGUCCCCAGAGAACACGGAGUAAUCCGCGAAUACAUAUCUUCUUUGCGAAUAGAAAAAAGCUUAAUUAUAGACUCGGUCAUUAUCUUUAAGAUGAUCGAUAUUGUUGCUAGGUAUCACAAUUUGUCCCUUCCGCAGCCGUCUCUUGUAACCGAGGUGACUCAUGCUGUUGUGGCCUUCGCCACACCGGAGACUUUUCUUGACGCCGCGAAUACAUCAAGCUGGCAACCAUUCGAAGCUGUCGGAAGUGUCAAGGGACGAUUCUCGCCAAAUGUCAAGGUGUGUCUGAGUAUUGGUGGCUGGGGCAGUAAUGUUGGCUUUGAGAAAGGCGUGUUGCCGGCGAACCAGGGCACUUACGCAACCAAUGUCGCGAGUGUGCUUCAACGUCUUAAUUUUGACUGUGUUGAUAUUGACUGGGAAUAUCCUGGCGGCGGAGGCGCUGAUUACAAACUCGAUAAUGCUGUGAGCACCCCUGAAGAACAAGUGAACAACUACCCAUCAUUCUUGGAGGGAAUCAAGAAAGCUAUUGGCGGGAAAGAGUUGAGCAUCGCAGUACCGGGACUAGAUGCAGACAUGGGCGCGUUCACACCGGCUACCUGUCAAGCCAUCGCGCCCUUCGUCGACUUUGUUAAUGUGAUGUCGUACGACUUGAUGAACCGUCGCUCAGCGACGACACAGCACCACGCGUCCGUCACCGGUUCCAAAAAGGGCAUGGAAGCGUACAUCAAGAAUGGCAUACCAGCCGCCAAGCUGAACCUCGGCUUCCCAUUCUAUGCCAAGUGGUUCACGCUCCAAGCUGGAACCAAGUGCGGCAACCCAGUCGGAUGUGCCGUUGGGCCGUUCGAGAACGCCGACGGGUCGGAUAACGGAUUUUCUGGGGUGUUUACGUUUGAGGACUUCAACCUCAAGAAGCCUCCAACUGAUGCUGCUGUCUCUUCCAACGGAAAGUGUGGAAUCGUCGAUGGCAAGGACUUGAAAUGCCCGGACGGAGCAUGCUGUAGUUCUUCGAUGUACUGUGGCACCACGAAAAACUACUGCGGAGCUGGAUGUCUCGCAGGAUACGGGAAGUGCGAGGCACCCGUCACAACCGAGACGUUCCAACGGGUCCACCAGAGCGGCAAGACUGACGAAGCCGAGGGCGGGGUGUGGUUCAUUGACGAACAGACCAACACGUUCUGGACUUGGGACACGCCAGAGAUUAUCGCCAGGAAGUUCACGGACAUUGUGGCUCCGCUGCAGCUGGGUGGCAUCAUGGCUUGGAGUUUCGGUGAGGACAGCUACGACUAUUCGCACAUCAAGGCAUUGCAGGACGGCUAUAAGGGUGCCAAGCCUCUCACCAAGAGAACGAAUGCCGAAGCCGAGACGUGGCCUACUACGUUGAGGUAUGCUGGGCGCUCUGGCCGUAAUGCUGUGGACCUAUAAUAAACACCAGAAUUGACCCGUUCUUC